UUAAUUACAGAUGCCCCCUGCUGUUCCAAUGCAGAAAUUAUACCUGCACAAGAAUGCAAUGAACAACCACCUACAGAAAAUACCCCAGUCAGUGUGCCUCAACGCAAGAGGUCACACAGCGAUCCUGUCAUUCAUGAUGUUCCUUCUAAAGCAACUCCAAGCUGUGAAGCUGCUACACAAACAGAACUAAGACCACCAAUGGCAGCUGCCACAUUAAGACGGGCUUUAAGAGCAAAAGCUAUUCGAUCACGGCCAAGAUCUCUAGUGGAUUACAAAUCUUACAUUGACACUAAACUUUUGGUGGCCAGGUUCCUAGAGGAGCCAUCUGGUCAUAUGUCUGCUGAUAUUCGGGACCUAGUAGAAAGCAUCAAAACUGUACUGAAGUCUGAUGAAGAACACAUGGAUGAAGCCAUUUUAAGUGCCAACAUCCUUGAUCAGGUGAUGUCACCAAACCAGGGAUCCAUAACAAGAACUCGCAACGUCCCAAGCAGACGGUAUCCAGGAAUACUUCACUUGAAUAGCUGCGGGGACAUAAGCACUUUUAGUACUGUACAGAGGCAGAGGGAUGAUGAGAACAAGGAGCCAGAGGACUGCUAGACCUCACAGUCUCAUUGGAGUUGUUCGGGAAACCAUUUUAUGA